AUGUUGGCUGCCUUCAAAACAACCCAAGUCGAGGAGGGAGCGGUUUCUACACAAGCCACAGCUAUUUUGAAAGAGUUGGAUACCCUCGAAAUCUUCAUUCAGAAACAAGCGCUGAUCGCGGAUUUGUGCGUGAAAGAGCAAAAAGAAUACGAAGAGCAGUGCCAAGCUAUAGAGGAUCAAAUUGCGGAAACUCGUCAAAAGAUGAAAGAAGCAGAAGUUGCACUGGCCGAAGCUCGAAUAGUCCGCAAGAACAAACAAGAAUACGACGCACUUGGAAAGAAAGUCGAAGAAUUUCCGAGCCGUCCCGAAACAACACGAAAACUCGAAGAGGUAAAUGAUGAAUUGGAACGCCUUCAACAGCGACAACAAUUGCUCGAGGAUAAGUUGAGUGAAAGACGACAACGCCUUUAUGAGUUGGAACAAAUUAUUAGCAAUGUGCACCAAUAUUUACGGGAAGAUGACGACCAGCUCUUUGAUGUUUCCGGUGACUCAGAGGAGGACUCGAAAGUGAAAGAUGAUCGCGAAGAAAAUACACCCAUGGAGGAC